AAAAAAAAAAAAAAACCUUUGCAGCUUAUUUUUAGCUAGAACUAGGGUUUCAUUUCAGAGAAGAAGCUGAUCGUUCUAGUGAAAGAUGGAAUGGGGAAUAGGGUUAUUGUUGAGCGUGUUGAUGGGUACUUUUGUAGGAUGGUUUUGGUACAAGAAGAAGAAGAAGAAGACAAUGAUGGUGAUGAAGAGUGGAGUUCCAAAAGGGAACUUGGGUUGGCCUUUCAUAGGAGAAACUCUCGACUUCAUUGCUUGUGGUUACACCUCUCGACCUGUCAGUUUCAUGGACAAACGCAAAUUUCUACAUGGGAAGGUCUUCAAAACACACGUCUUGGGGACACCCAUCAUUGUUUCCACAGAUCCCGACGUGAACAAGGUGGUUUUACGGAACCAUGGCAACAUCUUUAUUCCUGCUUAUCCCAAAUCUAUCCGAGAGUUACUUGGCCAACAUUCCAUACUUCAAAUGAAUGGUGAUCUUCAGAAGAGAGUUCAUGCACUUAUUGGAGGUUUCUUGAGAUCCCCACGGCUUAAAACCCGUAUUACAAGACAUAUUGAAAACUCUGUCAAACUUAUUUUGGGUUCUUGGCAACACAUGCAGCUGAUACAUGUUCAAGAAGAAACCAAAAAGAUUACGUUCGAAGUCUUGGUAAAAGUUUUAAUGAGUGUUGGUCCUGGUGAAGAUUUGAACUUUCUGAAGAGAGAAUUUGAAGAAUUCAUCAAAGGUUUAAUUUGCUUGCCUAUCAAAUUUCCAGGAACAAGACUUUAUAAAUCUCUGAAGGCCAGAGAAAGGUUACUGACAAUGGUGAAAAAGAUUGUGGAGGAGAGAAAAUUGGGUAUGGAGAAAACAGACGAAAAGAGUAAUCCCAUUGAUGCAGUGGACGUGUUGUUACGUGACAGCGAAGAAUCAAACGAGAAGCAAUCUCUGCCGUUGGAUUUCAUCAGUGGGAUCGUAAUAGAGAUGAUGAUCCCUGGAGAAGAGACGGUUCCCAUGGCAAUGACUCUCGCUGUCAAAUUCCUCAGUGACUGCCCCCUUGCCCGCCACCAGUUGAUGGAAGAGAACAUGGAAUUGAAGAAGCAAAAGACUAAUUCUGCCGAAGACUGUAGUUGGACCGACUACUUGUCUUUGCCUUUCACUCAAAAUGUGAUAAAUGAAACUCUUAGACUGGCAAAUAUCAUCAAUGGAGUUUGGAGGAAAGCACUCAAGGAAAUAGAUAUUAAAGGUUUCUUAAUACCAAAGGGAUGGUGCGUUCUGGCAUCUUUCAUUUCUGUUCAUAUGGAUGAAGAAAAUUAUGAAAACCCAUAUCAAUUUGAUCCAUGGAGAUGGGAGAAACUUGGAGCUGCUGUUAACAACAAUAGCUUUACACCAUUUGGAGGUGGGCAGAGGCUGUGCCCUGGUUUAGAACUAUCAAGGCUUGAAAUAUCAAUCUUUCUUCACCAUCUCAUCACCAGUUACAGGUGGGUUGCUCAAGAGGAUGACAUUAUCUACUUUCCAACAGUUAAGAUGAAGAGGAAGCUGCCAAUCAACGUCACCCCUCUUAUGCAACUACCAGUAGUUUGGCGCAUCCAGGAAAGCCUAAAUUUUGGAAGUUUAUCCCCACAACAAAAGGGAGCCAUUAGGAAUGGAAUUUGUACAGCUGCAAUGAUCUUUAAGAAUUCAAAUGGGACUGUGUAUUAUGGUGUUAGUUCUCAUGGCACCAUCUAUUUUCAAAGCAGCAGAAGUCCUUGGGCCCUUUUUGGGUCCUUCAAUAUUGAAUGCAACUAG